UGACAGAGACGUUGAGGUACACAGAAUUGCUGGAGUACAGAGGCUGCAACAUCACCUGCUGAAUUUGAUUGGGGACGAGUUCACUACAUCCCAAGAUUAUAACGAAGACCUUUUUUCAUGAUAUCUAUGCAGCUGUAAAUACAUUAUGGAGAUCACGAAUGGACGUGGCCGGACCAGAAGUUUCUCUGAAAAUUUAGUCCUGGAUGAUUCAGAGAGUGGCGGGGUGGUUGUCACGGACAUCAAAGACGAUUCAUUUGCUGACAGGAGUGGAUUGAAAGAGGGAGAUGAAAUAGUUGGUGCCACCAUUCACUUUGACCACAUGAAGAAAAACGAUGUGGUGAAGUUAUUGAAACUCAUUGAGCCAUUUGAUAACCAAAUGCAAGUUCUGAAAAAGGAAGACCUGAAACCCAGCUUGAGCCUCGGUUCAUUAAACUCCCAAACCAAAGUUCCUGAAGAUAUGCUCAAGGAUUCAUACAACAAACUCUACAAAAACAAGGUCAAGAAAUUCCUAAAUCCAGACUCCUUAUCUGGUACUGAUGAAGAUCUGGCUGUUGAGCUCAAUAGCUCGGGUGGAAAACUGAAUGCCCCUCGGGCUGGACUUUCUUUGGACGGUCCUACUGUGAAUGGGGAAUUGCCCAGCAUAAAGACACAAACGCCAGAGAUAGACCUGAAUCCUGGCCUCAAGUUGCCAGACGUCAACAUGCCAAGUGAGAGCAUAACGGGACCCAGGUUCACAAUGCCAGCUGUUGGAAUGACUGGGCCUAAACUGAAAGGAGCUGAACUGGAUGGCUCUUUCAAAAACCCUGUCCUUAAUAUCCCAGAUCCGAAGCUUAAUGGCCCAGAAGUCAACUUGCACUCUCAGCUGCCAAGUGGAAAAAUUGAUUUGUCUGGUCCAAAGGGGGAUUCAAAUGGCUUAAAGUAUAAGCCUCCAAAAUUUAGAAUGCCCCAUUUUAAUUUACCUGAAAUGAAACCAAAGUCACCAGAUGUGAAUAUGUCUGCUCCUAACCUGAAGGCAGAUGUGCACGCUCCCCAUAUAGAUGUCAAAGGCCCAAAAACAGACCUGAAAACUCCAGAUCUUGAUUUGGAGGCACCCUCUGGAAAAAUCAAAUGGCCUACAUUUAAGGCACCAAAAUUCGGAUUUCCUAGCACAAAGGUAAAAGGCCCUGAUGUUGACCUUGAUGCAGAUCUGAAGACACCUGACCUGAACCUUUCAGCUCCCAAAAUAGAAGGAGACCUUAAAGCUCCAGAUGUAGAUCUUAAGUUACCCAAAGCUGAAGUCAGUGGCCUUGAUCUUGAUUUGAAAGCUCCAGAUGCUGACAUAGAUGCCCCAUCAGGAAGGUUCAAGAUGCCAACUUUAAAGAUGCCCAAGUUUGGAACAAAGGUGAAAGGACCAGAUAUUGAUGCAGACAUGAAAGCACCUGACCUGAGUCUUUCAGCUCCAAAACUUGAAGCUGACCUUAAUGCUCCCAAUGUGGAUGUGAAUUUACCCAAAGCAAAUCUCAGUGGCCCUGAUCUUGAUUUAAAAGCUCCAGAUGUAGAUCUUAGUUUACCCAAAGCUAACCUCAGCGGUCCUGAUCUUGAUUUGAAAGCUCCAGAUGCUGACAUAGAUGCCCCAUCAGGAAGGUUCAAAUUGCCGACUUUCAAGAUGCCCAAGUUUGGAACAAAGGUGAAAGGACCGGAUAUUGAUGCAGACAUGAAGGCACCUGACCUGAGUCUCUCAGCUCCAAAACUUGAAGCUGGCCUUAACGCUCCCAAUGUGGAUGUGAAUUUACCCAAAGCUAACCUCAGCGGCCCUGAUCUUGAUUUGAAUGCUCCAGAUGUAGAUCUUAGUUUACCCAAAGCUAACCUCAGCGGUCCUGAUCUUGAUUUGAAAGCUCCAGAUGCUGACAUAGAUGCCCCAUCAGGAAGGUUCAAAUUUCCACAUUUAAAGACGCCCCACUUUGGUUUCUCAGGACCAAAGAUUGAUGCAGAUCUUCCAGCUCCAAAACUUGAAGCAGACCUCAAAGCCCCCAAUGCAGAUCUUAGUCUACCUGAAGCUGGCAUCAAAGGGCCUGGGCUAGACCUGAAAGCUCCAAAUGUUAACCUUGAUACAGAUCUGAAGACACCAGACCUUAAUCUCUCAACCCCCAAAAUUGAAGGAGAACUCAAUGCUCCAGAGAUAGAUUCUCCAUCAGGAAAAUUUCAAUUUCCUCACUUUAAGAUGCCCAAGUUUGGUCUUUCUGGACCAAGAGGAAAAAAACCAGAGGUUGAUGCCAAUCUGAAGACACCUGACCUGAGUCUUUCAGCUCCGAAACUUGAAGCUGACCUCAAAGCCCCCAAUGCAGAUCUUAGUCUACCUACAGCUGGCCUCAAAGGGCCUGGGAUAGAUCUGAAAGCUCCAAAUGUUGACCUUGAUACAGAACUGAAGACACCAGACCUUAAUCUCUCAACCCCCAAAAUUGAGGGAGAACUCAAUGCUCCAGAGAUUGAUUCUCCAUCAGGAAAAUUUAAAUUUCCUCACUUUAAGAUGCCCAAGUUUGGUUUUUCUGGACCAAGAGUAAAAAAACCAGAGGUUGAUGCCAAUCUGAAGACCCCUGAUUUGAAUCUCUCUGCACCUAAGAUUGAAGGUGACCUCAAAUCUCCAGAUGUAGAUCUGAGUUUACCUGAAGCUAAUCUCAAAGCCCCAGACCUAAACCUGAAAGCACCUGAUCUUGAUGUAGAUCCUCCAUCUGGAAAAAUCAAAUGGCCAACUUUAAAGAUGCCCAAGUUUGGAACAAAGGUGAAAGGACCGGAUAUUGAUGCAGAUCUGAAUACACCUGACCUGAGUCUUUCAACACCAAAACUUGAAGCUGACCUUAACGCUCCCAAUGUGGAUGUGAAUUUACCCAAAGCUAACCUCAGUGGCCCUGAUCUUGAUUUGAAAGCUCCAGAUGCUGACAUAGAUUCCCCAUCAGGAAGGUUCAAGCUGCCAACUUUCAAGAUGCCCAAGUUUGGAACAAAGGUGAAAGGACCUGAUAUUGAUGCAGAUCUGAAUACACCUGACCUGAGUCUUUCAGCUCCAAAACUUGAAGCUGACCUUAAUGCUCCCAAUGUGGAUGUGAAUUUACCCAAAGCUAACCUCAGCGGUCCUGAUCUUGAUUUAAAAGCUCCAGAUGUAGAUCUUAGUUUACCCAAAGCUAACCUCAGUGGUCCUGAUCUUGAUUUGAAAGCUCCAGAUGCUGACAUAGAUUCCCCAACAGGAAGGUUCAAGCUGCCAACUUUCAAGAUGCCCAAGUUUGGAACAAAGGUGAAAGGACCGGAUAUUGAUGCAGAUCUGAAUACACCUGACCUGAGUCUUUCAGCUCCAAAACUUGAAGCUGACCUUAAUGCUCCCAAUGUGGAUGUGAAUUUACCCAAAGCUAACCUCAGUGGCCCUGAUCUUGAUUUAAAAGCUCCAGAUGUAGAUCUUAGUUUACCCAAAGCUAACCUCAGCGGUCCUGAUCUUGAUUUGAAAGCUCCAGAUGCUGACAUAGAUUCCCCAUCAGGAAGGUUCAAGCUGCCAACUUUCAAGAUGCCCAAGUUUGGAACAAAGGUGAAAGGACCAGAUAUUGAUGCAGAUCUGAAUACACCUGACCUGAGUCUUUCAGCUCCAAAACUUGAAGCUGACCUUAAUGCUCCCAAUGUGGAUGUGAAUUUACCCAAAACUAACCUCAGCGGUCCUGAUCUUGAUUUAAAAGCUCCAGAUGUAGAUCUUAGUUUACCCAAAGCUAACCUCAGCGGUCCUGAUCUUGAUUUGAAAGCUCCAGAUGCUGACAUAGAUUCCCCAUCAGGAAGGUUCAAUCUGCCAACUUUCAAGAUGCCCAAGUUUGGAACAAAGGUGAAAGGACCAGAUAUUGAUGCAGACAUGAAGGCACCUGACCUGAGUCUUUCAGCUCCAAAACUUGAAGCUGGCCUUAAUGCUCCCAAUGUGGAUGUGAAUUUACCCAAAGCAAAUCUCAGUGGCCCUGAUUUUGAUUUAAAAGCUCCAGAUGUAGAUCUUAGUUUACCCAAAGCUAACCUCAGCGGUCCUGAUCUUGAUUUGAAAGCUCCAGAUGCUGACAUAGAUUCCCCAUCAGGAAGGUUCAAGAUGCCAACUUUAAAGAUGCCCAAGUUUGGAACAAAGGUGAAAGGACCAGAUAUUGAUGCAGACAUGAAGGCACCUGACCUGAGUCUUUCAGCUCCAAAACUUGAAGCUGACCUUAAUGCUCCCAAUGUGGAUGUGAAUUUACCCAAAGCAAAUCUCAGUGGCCCUGAUCUUGAUUUAAAAGCUCCAGAUGUAGAUCUUAGUUUACCCAAAGCUAACCUCAGCGGUCCUGAUCUUGAUUUGAAAGCUCCAGAUGCUGACAUAGAUUCCCCAUCAGGAAGGUUCAAUCUGCCAACUUUCAAGAUGCCCAAGUUUGGAACAAAGGUGAAAGGACCAGAUAUUGAUGCAGACAUGAAGGUACCUGACCUGAGUCUUUCAGCUCCAAAACUUGAAGCUGACCUUAAUGCUCCCAAUGUGGAUGUGAAUUUACCCAAAGCAAAUCUCAGUGGCCCUGAUCUAGAUGUGAAAACUCCGGGUCUUGAUAUUGAUGCACCAUCAGGAAAACUGGAAAUGCCAACUUUCAAGAAGUCCUCACUUUUUUCAGGACCAAAAGUGAAAGGGCCAAACCUUGAUGUAGACGCAGACGUGAAAGCACCGGAUUUGAGUCUCUCAGCCCCCAAGCUUGAGGGAGGCCUUGAUAAACCAGAUCUGGAUCUGAGCUUGCCAAAAGCCGAGGUUGAUUCUCCUGAAGUAAAGGGAAAAUUCAAAUGGCCCUUUAAGUGGGGUUUUGGCUCAAAAGACCACAGCAUAGAUGCUGACACAGAGAUCCCAGAUGUUGAUGGGGCAGCUGAUGUACCAGAGGCAACUAUAAAAUUACCAAAAGGUAAGGCAGCAAUACCAAUGUUCAAAGUUCAUAGACUGCCUGAUAAUAAUUUUGAGAAGCCACAGAUUCGUUGUGGAAACCUUGAUUCUCCAAACAUUGACACAAAUAUGUCAAUAUCGGCACCAAAGGUCGACCUGAAAGCUCCCAACAUCAGCACUGACAUACAGCAUGGUCCACUUGAAAUCCCAGAAACUAGCCUCAAGAGUCCAAAGCUUGACUUGGGAUCUCCUGCCCUCAGUGUGGACACUCCUAAUAUUGGGGCAUCAAGCCCUACUCUCACAUUUCCCAAAGUGAAAGUACCUUCUAUUGAUGGCUAUGUGCCAGAUAUUCUGAGGGGAGAGCAGGGAGCACCAAAAUCAAUAGACAUACGAGAAAGACUGAAAUUAUUCCAGAACUCUGUUGCCCAGUCAGUGACAACGCCGGACAUCAGCGCCGAUCUUCCUGGGGGGAAAACAGACAUAGCGAGUGAUCUGGGCCUAAAAGGGGAAGUGAGUGCUCCAAGUCUUGACGUCAGCACAAGUUCAGAUCCUGAUGGCACCUCCAAAAUCAAAAGGGGAACAUUUAAAGUCAGCAGGCCAGAUGCUGACACGGAUGACCCAUUGAUGAACACAGAAAUCAGUUUGCCAACAUUGGAUGCAAACAUCUGAUUGCUUGUACAUUAAGUAAGCAUGUCAGUUGGGCCUUCGUGGUCAUUUCUGUUUGGGGAAACAAUAAAAAAUAGAAAAAUUGACUUUCCAUCAGAAUAGUUUAUGAGCAUGGAAAAUGUGCCAACUUGAACAACUGUAAUUAUUUUUGUUGUAAAUAUGCCAUUGUAAGUAUAUACUUAUAUAUGUAUUUGUUUCUGUCAGGGAGCCACUACCAUGCAUUGCCACUUAUUUGUUUUAAAGCAUCUUGAAACAAGACACUUACUGUGCCUGUACUGUUUUCUGCGUAUACUGUCAAAUUGGUGUAUUCAUGCAUUCAUCAGUAUUCUUUCACAUAACUGAGAAAUGAUAGAAAUGUAUAAUGUUCCGCCUACUUGUGUACAAUACUUAUUCAGCCUGGUCCUGAACUAUGUUUCGCAUGAGGGAAUGACUACAGUAUAAUUCUUCCACAUUUUCCAUUAUUCCAGAUGUUUACAUUUUGCUUUGAUUAAACAUAUUUCAAUAA